UCUUCAAAACUCUUCGAAAGAGACACACCAUGGGAAAGAUUACGCUUUACGGAAUAGACCGCAGCCCCCCCGUUCGAUCGGUGCUCUUGACCCUUCGAGCUCUGGAGCUGGACUUUGAGUACAAGAUCGUGGAUCUCUCCGCCAAGGAGCAGCUGAGGCCGGAGUUCCUCAAGAUGAAUCCCCUGCACACGGUCCCCACGUUGGAUGACGAUGGCUUCUACCUGUACGACAGCCACGCCAUCAACGCCUACCUGGUGAGCAAGUACGGCAAGGAGGACUCUCUCUACCCCAAGGACCUCCAGCAGAGGGCGAUCGUGGAUCAGCGUCUGCACUACAACUCCAGUGUGAACACGCCCACUGGCAAGGCCAUUACCUUUCCCAUCCUCUACAAGAAUGAGUUCCAAAUUCCGAAAGCCAAAAUCGAUGCCUUGGAGGGGGUUUAUAAAAACCUGAACUUAUUUCUGACAGACCACGAGUACUUGGCUGGAAGUAAUCUGACCAUAGCCGAUUUCCAUGUCAUCGCUUGGAUAACUGGGAUGGUUGUCUUCCUCGAGGUGGAUGCCAACAAAUUCCCCAACUUGGCCAGUUGGUUGAAACGAAUGAAGCUAUUGCCUUACUACGAGGAGGCCAAUGGUUCCCGGAUAGCCCAGGUGGUGGAGUUUGUUAAAAGCAAGAACUUGACCAUUGUUUAGAUA